UUUAAAUGAAAUAUAUCGUUAAAUUCAGUUGUUGUUAAUAUAUCUUUUUUCAUUAUAGGCUGCGUCUCUUGGACGUGAGCCGAGCCCGAUGGAGCUGUUUGUGGAGACGCACGUGCGGAGUCAAGACCGCCAGAAGGGGGCGCAACAGUUCGUUGAUAACCGUGCUCAGCAUUUCGUGGAGACCUAUAAUAAUCGGUUGAGGGAGAGAUACGGGGACGAUACUUUGACCCAUCCGGAAUUCGAUCCGGAUUUGUGGAUGGAGGUUGGCUCGUCAGGUGGACCCGAUAAAAAUUGGGUUUACGGGCUCUCCAACACUACGACCGACAACUUGCGGUCGACCCGUAGUGUUUCAACCGUUGGGAGCUCCCAAUCAAUAUCGAGCUCCCAAUCUAAGGAGUUCGUGGCUUUGCAGCAACUCACCGAGAAAUACGAUAACCUAAAAGCGGAGUACACACAACUCAAAGCGGAACAAAGAGCAGAGUCUAAGCAACUCAAAGCGGUGGAAAAAAUUUAUGGCUUUGCCCUUGGGUGUGGUGGUGGAGGAGAAGGAAGUGAUGGUGAUGAUGAUGGUCAUGGUCAUGGUCAUGGUCAUGGUGGUGGUGGUGAAAAAAAAGGUGGUGAUGGAGGAGGGGGUGGUGCUGCUGCUGCUGGUAGUUGA